AUGAGCCCAAUAGACAUGUAUCUCUACCUAGGAGGUAAAGGUGCAGAUCAGACAACAUAUAUUUUCACCACAACCCCUGCAAAGGGCGGUUGGAAUUUUGGAGGAAAUGGCGGUUUGGAUAGCCAUGUAGAAGAUCAAAAAUUUGAGCCACCGGAAAAUGGAGCUGGUGGUGGAGGUGCUACAGACAUUAGAUUAAUAUAUUACGAUAUUAAUCUGCAAAAUCCCAAUAACAAUUCACUUCAAAAAUCAAUUGAGAGCAGAAUAAUCGUUGCUGGCUCAGGAGGUGGAGGAAAUUCAGGAUUACAACAUGAAAGCGGAUCUCCAGAUGGCUUUCAUGGAGGAAGCCUCACUGCAACAUCCAAUAAUCCUUAUACUUAUGGAGGAACUCAAAUUAAAGGAACUCUUGGUAAAGGAAUGGAUGGUAUUAAUUCAACAGAAAAUCAAGGAGGCUCUGGAGGUUGUGGGAGUGGAUAUCGAGGUGGUUAUCAUAAAUUUCCACAAUUAACAGAAACAGGUAGUUAUCAUGUUGGAGGAACUGGAGGAAGCUCUUACAUAAGCGGACAUAUUGGUUGUAUAAGCCCAACUGCUAAAGAUACAACACCAAGCAAAGAAAACUCAAUACACGAAUCUGGAUUCAUAUUCACAAAUACUGAAAUACUUAGUGGAAAUGAAAGCAUGCCAAAUCCAAACGGAAAUUCUUUAAUUAAAGGAAAUGUUGGACAUGGCAUUUGUCAAAUAACCGUUCUUUAUCUUUGUCCCAUUGAAUCGUGUGUGUUUAUUCCUUAUUAUAACUUUUUUU